AUGCCUAAGGAGAAGACCACCCGCAAGACCAAGUCCCGCUCCGAGGGCGGCCGCAAGAAGAAGGACCCCAACGCCCCCAAGCGUGGUCUCUCUGCCUACAUGUUCUUCGCCAACGACAACCGUGACAAGGUUCGCGAGGAGAACCCCGGCAUUAGCUUUGGCCAGGUCGGAAAGAUGCUUGGAGAGAAGUGGAAGGCUCUGAGCGAGACCGAGCGCAAGCCCUACGAGGACAAGGCUGCCGCUGACAAGAAGCGCUACGAGGAUGAGAAGGCGAGCUACAAUGCUGGCGAUGACGAUGAGGAAUCUUCUUAA